AUGGCAUCUCUCAAGUUGGCAACGCUACUACUCCUGGCGGCGACGUCCCAGUUGGUGUCGGCCGUCUGGAUCCCGCGCCCGCUCGACGAAACCAACAUCUUGACACGAAGGGACGAGGUGGCGGCCGAGUACGACUACGUCAUCGUCGGUGGUGGAACCUCGGGGUUGACCGUGGGUGACCGGCUAUCCGAGAAUGGCAAAUACAGCGUCUUGAACAUCGAGUACGGGUACUAUGACACCCAGGAUGGCAUGAACCCCAAGCGCAUGUUUAACAUCACGUCACUGCCGUGUCCUGCGCUCAAUGACCGCACGUUCAAGGUCGGCAUCGGCUGCGUCGUUGGUGGGAGCUCCAUUGUUAAUGGACAGGUCUACCUCCGGGGCACUGCCGAGGAGUACGAUGCCUGGGAGGCUCUGGGCUCGCCCAAUUCCACUUGGAACUGGAAGGGCUUGCUGCCAUACUUCAAGAAGGGCAUGGCCCUGAAUCCACCGGACCCCAGUCAGGCCGAGGAGUAUAACAUCAAGUACGACAUGAAGUACUGGGGCACGGGCUUGAAGUCCAAGAUCCAGGCCACUUUUGGCAGGGGAGCCUUAAACAGCCAGAUCAAGACGCUGUACAACGCCAUGAAAGCCAUGCCCGGCGUCGAGGUGCCGGCCGACAGCGGCGCGGGCGAGGCGGGGCUGUACUGGUACACCAUCUCGCAGGACCCGACGACGUUCCGGCGGUCGUCGGCUCGGAACGCGCACUGGGACGACGCCAACCGGACCAACUGGGACAUGGUCGUGGGCGCGCGGGCGAGCCGCGUCCUGUUCGACGGCGACGGCACCGCCGCCGUCGGCGUCGAGUGGGUGUCCCGCAACGACACGGACGCGCCCGCGGUGCGGGUCUGGGCGAGGAGGGAGGUCGUCCUCGCCGCAGGUGCGAUACACACCCCGCAGGUGCUGAUGCUCAGCGGCAUCGGACCUGCCGCACUGCUCGAGGAGGCGAACAUCACCGUGAAGGUUGACUUGCCGGGCGUCGGGUCCAACUUUCAGGACCACAGCUAUAUUCCGAAUAUCGGGUUCAGAUGCGCCGGCACGGACACGAUCGCGGCGCGGCAGAUCGGCGGGCGAAGCGGGCCGCCAAACCUGGCGACCAUGAUCGGCCUGCCGGUGGUCUCGCCGGACCGGUUCGAGGAGCUCGCGGCGGCGUUCGAGGCGCAGGACCCGACGACGCACCUGCCGGCGGGGUACACGGCUGAGCAGGUGGAGGGGUACCGGCAGCAGCAGAAGGUGUGGGCCGGGCUGAUGCGGUCCAAGGGGGUGGUGUUUCUCGAGAUGAUGAUGGGCGGGCCGGGCGGGUCGAUACAGAACCUGCACUGCCAGUCGCGCGGCACGGUGCUCAUCGACCCGGCGGACCCGCAGGGCGAGAUGGUGGUUGACUACCGGGCGGGUUCCAACGAGAUCGACAUCCGGGUCAUGGUGGAGAUGGUCAGGUUCAUGCGCCGGUACAUGACGACGGGCGAGCUGGCGGCGUACGAGGCCGUGGAGACGUCGCCGGGGGCCAAUGUCACGUCGGACGAGGACCUUGCAGCGUGGGCGAGGGGCGUCAUCAUCCCCUCCGUCUACCACCCCGUGUCGACGGCCGCGAAGAUGCCUCGCGAGUGGGGCGGCGUUGUCGGCGAGGACCUGCUGGUCUACGGCGUCGAGAGACUGAGUAUCGUCGACGCAUCCAUAUUCCCGACCAUUGUCGGCGCCACCACCUCCAUGACCGUGUACGCUGUUGCCGAGAAGGCUGCCGAUAUCAUCAAGCUCCGUACUGGACAGGCCGUCGAGUCGCCACCAGAGGUGUAA